AAAUAUUGAAAUUUCUCGUUUUGGAAGAAACUGAAAAAACUCGACAAUAGCAUUCUCUCUUGUUUUUAAUCUGAUGGGUAAGUAGCUUAAGUGUACUAGAGACCCACAUGGUGUGCAGCUUUUUGUACAUAAUGGGAAACCCGAGAUUUAAACAAUCACUAUAGCACUGGAAAAGUUGACAGCCUCAAAACUUCAAACGGUUGGCAGGUCUGCCACCAUCUUAGCUCACUGAUAUACAAGGCAUUAUUCAGUCUACAUCAAUUUUAAUUGUGAUUUUUUGGUAAGGAUUGUUAUAAUAAAAAUGGGAACCGCAAGCGGGUUACCUUUGAAACAUCCACCUACCCACGACCACCAGCCGCGUCUGAACGAGGUGGCCCAAAAGUUUCUAGCCGAUUUAAACGAGGAGCGGAAGCGAUUGUCCGCGGAUUUUCCACUUUGCGCACUGCUAAUCGCCGAGGCUGUGGACCGUGUCUACGGCACUGGUCGUAUUCCCGGCAAGGAGUUAGACGUGUACAACCAAAAGCCGAAGAAGAUUACCCAAAAGGUCUUCAUGUCCGUUAAUCAGUAUCCCAAGCAAUGGAGCUCUCACCUAUAUCAACCUGAUUAAGCGAGCUACGGGAAAUCCGCCCGAGUAAGUUACUUGUAAAGUAUAAUCUUGUAUCAUUAAAUGACCAAACCAGGUGUAAUGGACCCGCUUCCCCGCUUCCUAGUAUUUUAAUCUUUAUAGAGUCGACGAUGUGGAGGAGGUGGCCUUAAGCACGAACCGCACAUCAAGAACUUUAAGCCCAAUCCUUGUAAACGGACUAACUUUAUAAAAUCCAUGCUGGAAGCACAUUGAAAAUCCUUUAAACAAGAAUGCGGCAGUCAAAAUGAUGCUACCAAUGAAAUGGCAUAAUAGAUCCGCAGAGUUUAUAUGCACUAGAUUCAAUUUGAUUUAUAAAUAAUAAAUUAUGCGGGAUUA